AGCUCCCUCCAACCCUGAAAUAGGAUAACCAGCAGGAUACCUACGUAACCUUAACAAUUAUUCUACCCCUCAUCUCACCUUUUUUUCGAAUUCAUCCAAGAUUACUCUUGUGAGACGCCAUUGCCUGCGACAAUCUAUUACUGCCCAACACUUUCUUAUAAACACUACAUCAUCUUCCAGCCCUCGAGUUAACUUCGCUGGCUAUCGCGAUAAUGAGCACCAUGCUCCCGGGGACACACGUCUUCUCUCAUCAACAUCAAUACAAUCCGCAGGUCGACCAACCAUGGAUGCACCAGCAGACCCACCUUCAACAGGCGCAGCAGCAGCAUGCAGCGGCGGUUCAGGCAGCUCAUUAUAAUCGCAUGGCGGGUCAAAAUCAAAACCACAACGCCGCUGUACCUUCCAUUUCCUCAAAUCACGGACAAGACGCAGCAGCCAUGAUCGACUCCAAUGUUUCAGAAGAAAAUAGAAGGACUUUGAACUUCAUUGCAGAUUUACUCAAUGAAGACACCAGGGAAGCUGCUCUCCUGGAACUCAGCAAGAAGCGCGAACAAGUGCCAGAGCUUGCAUUGAUACUGUGGCAUUCUUUUGGUGUGAUGACAUCACUUCUCCAAGAGAUAAUCUCAGUCUAUACUCUUCUCAAUCCCUCCCAGCUCACCGCCGCCGCAUCAAAUCGAGUCUGCAACGCCCUGGCUCUUCUACAAUGCGUUGCUUCUCACAAUGAGACUCGCGCCCUUUUCUUGAAUGUAGCUCACAUCCCUCUUUUCCUCUACCCUUUUCUCAACACGACUUCUAAAUCCCGACCUUUCGAGUAUUUACGUCUUACCUCCCUUGGAGUCAUCGGUGCCCUUGUCAAGAAUGAUUCAUCCGAUGUCAUUAAUUUCCUCCUCACUACUGAAAUAAUUCCAUUAUGUCUUCGAAUCAUGGAGACCGGAUCAGAACUUAGUAAGACAGUUGCAAUAUUCAUUGUGCAGAAGAUCCUUCUUGACGAUCAUGGUCUUAAUUAUAUUUGUGCUACCUAUGAGCGAUUUUACGCUGUUGGCACAGUACUCAGCAACAUGGUUUCACAACUUGUUGAACAACAAACUGCGCGAUUGUUGAAGCAUGUCGUCCGCUGCUUCCUUCGAUUGAGUGAUAAUGCGCGAGCUCGCGAAGCCCUCCGCCAAUGUCUUCCUGAACCUCUCCGCGAUGCCACUUUCUCCUCAGUCCUUCGCGAUGACGCUGCUACCAAACGAUGCCUUGCACAACUCCUCAUCAACUUAUCCGAUAACGUUGUUGAAUCUUCAUCGGGUCACCAAGGUCUCUAAUAUCUACUUUCUAAUUCCACUUUCAAUGUACAAUUAUAAAAGCACCGAUACGACGCAAACGAGCAUGGGGGAUUUCAUCUUCGGUUUUGCAUAGACAUCACGAUACCCGGUCUUUCUUUUCGGAAAUGUCGUAGAUCUCUGCAGCUGGUCAUCACAGGUUUCAUAAAAGCAUUGCGGGUCAAAUGGGGUUGGUCUGAAGGGUGUUUUGCGCGGCUUGGUUCAAUGAAGGUAGGAGUUGACAGUUACCGCUCCUCAAGCGCAUCAAUCUGGCGGGGGCUUCAAACUUACACCUCCACUCCAGGUGGAUGGUCAUUUCUUUCAUUAUUUACAUUGAUUGGUGUUGAUUACUGUAUUUGGCUGUUUUGAGGGCGUUGGGGACAUCUUACAUGCUGCACUAUAAUAUAAUGCUGCUAGGGAAAUGGGUUGUAAAGUAGGCAAAAACUUCAGCGUUCAGGAAUAGAGAUAUACAUUCUUGAUAUUGGGAUUGAGUAUUAAGAA